AUGGGCGGCCGGGCCGUGUGGGCGCCAUGGCGGCUCGCUGGCUGCAGCGGGCGCGGCGGCCUCCGCGGCGCUGCGGGCCGGCGGCUCCGCUCCCGGGGCCCCGGCGAUGGGGCGACGCUGAGCGACCUCCUGCAGAGCUCGGUGGAGUCGGGCGAGGCGGAGGGGGCGCCGGCGGCGGCGGCGGCGAGCCGGGAGCGGCGGUGCCCCCGGGAGGGCACGGUGCUGCUGUUCCCCGGGCAGGGCAGCCAGUGCGUGGGGAUGUGCCGCGGGCUGCUGGGCUACCCCGGCGUGCGGGACAUGUUCCGCCUGGCCGAGAAGGUGCUGGGCUACGACCUGCUGGCGCUGUGCCUGGAGGGGCCGCGGGACGCGCUGGACCGCACCCAGCACUGCCAGCCCGCCGUGUUCGUCGCCUCCCUGGCCGCCGUGGAGAAGCUCAACCACCAGCGGCCUGAGGUCGUGGAGCGCUGCGUGGCGGCCGCCGGGUACAGCGUGGGCGAGUUCGCGGCGCUGGUGUUCGCUGGAGCGCUGGGCUUUGCCGAAGCGCUGUACGCCGUGAAGGUGCGCGCCGAGGCCAUGCAGAAGGCGUCCGAGGCUGUUCCCAGUGGGAUGCUCUCGGUUAUGGGCCGGCCAGAGGCGAAUUACAAAUUUGCCUGCCUGGAGGCCCGCAAACACUGUGAAUCGCUGGGUAUUGAGAACCCCGUGUGCACGGUCUCGAACUACUUGUUUCCCGACAGCAGAGUCAUUGCAGGACACUUACAGGCUUUGGAGUAUUUGCAGCAGAAUGCCCGAAAAUACUAUUUUACACGUACAAAAAUGCUCCCAGUCAGUGGGGCUUUUCACACCAGACUUAUGGAACCAGCAGUGGAGCCUUUGGCCGAAGUCCUAAAAUCCAUCGAGAUCCAGAAGCCGCUGCUGUGUGUGUAUUCCAACGUGGAUGGCAAAAAGUACAUGCACUCAAAGCACAUCAGGAAGCUGCUGGUGAAGCAGGUGGUGUCCCCUGUUUUGUGGGAACAGACCAUGCACUCGGUGUAUGAGAGGAAACAAGGAACGGAAUUCCCUUACACCUACGAAGUGGGGCCCGGGAAUCAACUGGGAGCCAUUCUCAGAAAAUGUAAUUUGAAGGCCUGGAAACAAUAUAGACACGUGGAUGCUCUGGAAGAUGAGGAAGCAGCAGAGAUUUAAGUGACCUUUUGAAAAAAAUCCACAGAGCUUGGGUCUUUUUUUCUGAUUUAGAACCUUGUGCUCCCAAGAGAAGAAGUCAUAAAACAUUCGUGGCUUCUCCUGAUGAAAAGAUGGGAAGAGCACCAUGUGCUUCAUUGCAAUGAACGUUCUCCUUCUCUGAGUGCCUCAGGUGUGGAAGGGAGAGCAGAGUUUGGCUCUUCCAUCUGUGUUGGGACUGCAAAGCUGUCAGCAAACAGGCCAAAUAACACUGUUUGGCCUCCAUCUUGCAAGCAACUUUCCUUCUCUUUUUUUUUUUUCCUUUUUUCUUCUUUUUUUUGCUCUUUUUUUGUUUCCAGUGUUGGGGUUUCUUGGCAUUUAUCCCAGUUAAAGUUGGUAGCCUUGGCUGUCUGGAGCAGGGAUCCUCUGCAUGAAUACAGUGGCUGGAAAUGAGCUGAGUGGUGGAGGGCUCUGCUCUGGGCUUGAGGGUACGUUUAGAGGAUCCACCUGGUUGAUGUUCCUGUUUUGUAACUCACCUGACUUGUGGGAUGUUCAUCUGUGUAAAAUCCUUCUGUUUUUUCCCAUAUUUCCAGGCAGCAGCCGAGUAAUGCAGAUGAUGUUAUGGGGAAUGUGAUUUUCUUAAGGUUAAACUGUUCAAUAAACUAUGAAGCUUUU